AAUAAAAUUGAAAAAUAAAAGGAGAAAGUUGUAAAAAAGUAGAAAGGAAAAAGGAAAGAAAGCUGAAAACGGCGGAGGUCUUCGAAGUCCAGGAACAUCGGUUACUAGUUUUCCAGCGGUACUACCAGAAUCCCUAAUCGGAAUUUGCAGAAGCUCUGAGAGCAAUUAGCAAAGCAUCAGGAUCGGCAUUGAAGAUGCAUUCCUUCGGAUACAGAGCCAACGCUUUGCUGACUUUCGCGGUUACAAUACUCGCCGUAAUGUGCGCCAUCGCUUCCGUCUCCGACAAUUUCAACUCUCCCUCUCCCACCUCACAAGUCCAGGUUUUGAACAUCAAUUGGUUCCGGAAUAAGCCAGAUGGCGAUGACGAGCUCAGCAUGACAAUGAAUAUAUCAGCAGAUCUACAAUCAUUGUUUACAUGGAAUACAAAACAGAUUUUUGUCUUUUUAGCAGCAGAGUAUGAAACCCCACAGAAUUCUCUAAAUCAGGUAUCUUUGUGGGAUGGUAUCAUUCCUGCCAAAGAGCAUGCAAGAUUCUACAUCCAUACAACUAACAAAUACCGUUUCGUUGAUCAAGGAAGUAACCUCCGGGAAAGAGAUUUCAACAUGACAUUGCAUUGGCAUGUAAUGCCCAAAACCGGGAAGAUGUUUGCUGAUAAAAUAGUCAUGACAGAUAUGAUUUUUGGAGCUUGGUAA